AUGGACCGGCUUCCAGCAGUGGUCUACAUGCGCGGGCAGGUUCGGAGCUCGGCUCUCCGCCGGGCGGGCGGCCAAGUCGCCCACAAUACAGACAGCCUGGGCGGCCCCAGCGCCUUGUCUGUCUCCGGGAAGGAAACCCUCUGCCAGCAGCCCCUUCCUGCAGGCCUCUCGCCGCCGGCGCGAAUCCCCUCCGACUCGGUCCUUCCUCUGAGCCUGCACCACCAGCUCGCAGAAUUAAAAAGCCGGCACAAGAGUCUACCCUCUGGUGAGUGCCAUGGUGCUGCCAAAGAAGCAAAGGAAGUGAGGGCUCGACUGCCGGCGACCCGGCUCACCGAAGAGGAGCAGGAGCAGGACAGCGAGGAGGAAGCACCCCCAGCAGAGCCUGAGGAAGAUGAUGGAGGAGAGGCCUUCUUCAAGUACAGCCCCGGGAAGCUGCGGGGCAGCCAGUACAAGAGGAUGAUGACCAAGGAGGAGCUGGAGGAGGAGCAGAGAGUUCAGAAAGAGCAGCUGGCGGCCAUCUUCAAGCUCAUGGAGGACAACAAGGAGACGUUCGGCGAGAUGUCCCAUGGCGACGUGCAGGAGCAGCUCCGGCUCUAUGACAUGUAGGCUGCCACCUCCGCCCGGCGACGCGUCCCCACUGCUGUGCCGUGACGCUGCCUGACCCGACACCAGCCCUUGUGACGUCGACUUUCGUAGGAAGAGGUUCAUCAUGUACAGAUCUGCUCAGUCCUCGCAGCCUCUGUGUUGUUACAGGAAUCAGGACUGUGGUGUUCAGGGGAGAAAGGCCCGGCUCCUCUGGCUUCUGCCCAUGGGUGAGGCCCCAGCUGUCCCAUAGGUAACCCUCCCAGGCCCCAGCUAUUCCAUAGGUAACCCUCCCAGGCCCCAGCUGUCCCAUAGGUAACCCUCCCAGGCCCCAGCUGUCCCAUAGGUAACCCUCCCAGGCCCCAGCUGUCCCAUAGGUAACCCUCCCACCAGGCCCCAGUUCCAUAGGUAACCCUUCAGGUUCCAGAGGUUCCAGCUGUAACUCUCCCAGACUGUCUUCCACUCCCGACUGAACCCUCCACGCAGCCCCAGGGCAGGCAUGGCCCCGGGAGGGUUGACCUGAAGGCUCAGCCCCCAGCACACAUGUGGAAGGAUCCCUGGUGCUGGGGGAAGAUGUGUAUCAGGGCUGUGGCCUGCAUGUCCAGUCUGGUAACACUACACGCUCACUCUGCCUUAGAAGGACUUCUGGAAGCUUCUGUGACUGUAGGGAAGCAAGCAGUGGGGGAGCACUCUUUCAGCAAAGAGGCUAAUUCAACCCCACCGUCCAUCCUGGAACAAAGCAACCGUCUCAGGGUUAAGCCCCUCUCAGCAUUUCCCUCACGUAGCAUGAGACUGACUUUACGUAUAACUAAGUAAGCACCUUAUAAAGCACCUAGCACUAUGCCAGACACAACAGACAGAAGACACAAACCCUGGGCACGCGCCUGCCUUCGGGGAGGUGAAAGCGCUUUAGAGAAGACAGGCCCGGCACAGGGGAGGAACCUCCCCAGGCAGCAUUCAAGAAAAUGCUAAAACAUAACGUCAAUAAAACCUCAGAACAGUCGGGGGCCCCUCACGAGAGCCACGCGUUUCUGGGGGGCGCAGGCUGUGUCUGAUCUCCCCGCCGGCGGAACAUUUCAGAGCCAAGUGAGUUAGGAAGAAGCCAUGAUGUUCUUAUAUUUUUUUUAUUUGCUGGAAUAAAACGAAAUCAACACACAGAAUUAAAAGAGGCCGGGGCAUUUUAGGACCUGAAGUCAGCAACGCUGGGGACAGGCACCUCCUCUCAUCUCCCGCUCACUAGACCCGUUCUCGGGCCUCCUCCACCUGCUGCUGGAAUUCCUUUGGCUUCUUUGCUGACAGUCGGCAUGGCGGGCAGGCUGCUCUCUCGUCCGGGGUUAUACUCAAAUGUCAGUGCUUUUUACUCUUAAAAAUUAUUUUUAUCUUUUUUGCCAAGCUUUUAAAAAUUUUAUGAUUUGA